CCCAUAAAACCUUGGUGAUAAACACAAGCACUAUCAACUCCACCACUACCAAAAUACCAUUAUAUCGAUCAGGUUCACAAAACCCAAAUAGAAAAAAAAACCAAAAAAAAAAAAAUUGGUUUCUUAUAUUUUUGAUACCCUUUUCCUGAUCUUAACCCAAAAUCCAAUUUCGCUUGCGGGAUUUCAAAGGCAAGGAAGGAAAGAUGAUGGGUCGGGUUCUGGGAAGUCUUAGACAAAACUUUCAGAACAUAGGGAAGAGUCCAAGAGUUGCAGAUGAGAGCAUGUAUGGUGGUGUUGGUGGUGGUGGUGGGGGCAAUAUUGAAAUAAUGGAAAGAAGAAGAAGUGGGUGGAAAGGGUUUUUGAUUGUAUACAGUGUUGUUAGAGCUCCAUUUUCUCUCUUCUCUUGCUUUUCUCAUCCACAUGUUAAUGGUGCUGACGGGGUUUGGGCCUCCGGCGAGUUUGCGCAGAUAUCGGAGAUGAAUCAUCUCAUGGUCAGCGAUAGUAUGCGCUAUGCUAUCUUAAUGUAAAGUAAAAAUUAAUGUAAGUAUAAAAAUUUUCUCUUCUUUUUUUUUUUUUUUUUUUAGGUGAAAGAUAUGAAGGAAAAAAAAAAAAAAAAAAAAAAGAAGAAAAAAGAAGAAAGAAAGAGGGAUUUUGAUCAUGUUUUGAAAGCUUGCAUGGAUAUGUUUUAAGAUGGUGUUCUACAUAUAUAUCCACCAUCGUAUAUGUGGAAGUGCUCUUUUUUUUUUCCAGUAUUAAUUUUGUCCCAGACGUAUAUAUAUGUAUGAUGCCAAUGGACUUGAAUAUCCAUAUAUAUAUGAAUGGAGCUUUUUGUUUUGAGUAUU